UAGUAGUCCCUGUUUGACUGCAGCUCUUGUUUUCCACCCGGACGUAUUUUGCAAGCGCACACAGACAUUACAAUGGCAACAUGCUCGAUAAGCAGCGUUGAUGUUAAUGAACUAAAUGAUCCAGGAGCGGCUCCUUAUGGCAACUUCAUCAACUAUUACAGUUUCAACCCUCCGGAGAACCGUCUGAGCCUCAUCCCAGACUCAUUACUGCACGACCUAGAUCACAGAGACCACCAGCAGACCACACUCAUCCUGGACGUGGGCUGUAACUCAGGGGAACUGAGUGUAGCCUUUUACAAGCAUCUGGUUCAGGAGCGUUUACGCCAAGAGGAGUCAGAUAAGAGGAAAGUUCAUCUUCUGGGUUUUGACUUGGAUGAGAUUCUUAUUCAGAGGGCUCAGCAGAACAACCCUCUCCCGGCCAACAUCUCCUUCAUCGCGCUGGACAUCACUAAAGACACCCACCAGCUACAGGAGUACCUCAACCAGUGCGGCUGCUCCCACUUCCACCUCUGUCUGUGCCUGGCUGUCACCAUGUGGGUCCACCUAAACCACGGAGACGCCGGUCUGCUGCAGCUGCUCUCUCGCCUGGCCUCCCUCAGUCAGCACCUCCUGCUGGAGGCACAGCCCUGGAAAUGCUACCGCUCUGCGGCCCGGCGGCUGAGGAAGCUGGGACGCUCAGACUUUGACCACUUUAAGACCCUGAAGAUCCGUGGGGACAUAGCAGAACAUGCCAGGGAGCACCUGGAGAGACACUGUGGCAUGGAGCUCAUCCAGAGCUUCGGCAGCACUACAUGGGACCGAAAGCUGUUGCUCUUCAAAAGGAGAUGAGACUGAGGGACGAUGUGGAGAGUUUUCAUCUUGCUGAUGCACAGGAGCUGCAGGAAACAUGAUCAGGAAGAAAACAAUGUGGGGAAUGGGAGAACAGUAAAGUUGAUCAACAUUAAUCUGCAAUGAUUAUGACAGUGUAUUGUUUAAAUCACCUUUCAAGCAAAAAUGCCAA